AUGGAGGGGCCUGUGGUAACACUGGGGCUGCUGGCCACCCUGGUCGUGUGUGGCAGCUGGGGCCUGAACGAGGAAGAGCGGCUGAUCCGGCACCUGUUUGAGGAGAAGGGUUACAACAAGGAGCUCCGGCCCGUGGCGCCCAAAGAGCGGGGCGUGGAGGUCUCGCUGGCCCUCACUCUCUCCAACCUCAUCUCCCUGAAAGAAGUCGAGGAGACCCUCACCACUAACGUGUGGAUAGAGCACGGCUGGACAGAUAGCCGACUGCAGUGGGAUACCGAAGAAUUUGGGAAUGUCAGCAUCCUGCGCCUGCCCCCUGACAUGCUGUGGCUCCCAGAGAUCGUGCUGGAGAACAACAAUGAUGGCUCCUUCCAGAUUUCUUACUCCUGCAACGUGCUCAUCUACCCCUCUGGCUACGUGUACUGGCUGCCGCCCGCCAUCUUCCGCUCCUCUUGCCCCAUCUCUGUCACCUAUUUCCCCUUCGACUGGCAGAACUGCUCCCUCAAGUUCAGUUCACUCAAGUACACGGCCAAGGAGAUCACCCUGAGCCUGAAGCAGGAAGAGGAAGAGGGCCGCUCCUACCCCGUGGAGUGGAUCAUCAUCGACCCCGAGGGCUUCACAGAGAAUGGGGAAUGGGAGAUCGUGCACCGGCCGGCCAGGAUCAACGUGGACCCCAGUGCCCCGCUGGACAGUCCCCACCGCCAGGACGUCACCUUCUACCUCAUCAUCCGCCGCAAGCCCCUCUUCUAUGUCAUCAACAUCCUGGUGCCCUGCGUGCUCAUCUCCUUCAUGAUCAACCUGGUCUUCUACCUGCCGGCCGACUGUGGCGAGAAGACAUCAAUGGCCAUCUCAGUGCUCCUGGCUCAGUCCGUCUUCCUGCUGCUCAUCUCCAAGAGGCUGCCGGCCACAUCCAUGGCCAUCCCCCUCAUCGGCAAGUUCCUGCUCUUUGGCAUGGUGCUGGUGACCAUGGCGGUAGUGAUGUGUGUCAUCGUGCUCAACAUCCACUUCCGCACACCCAGCACCCACGUGCUGUCAGACGGGGUCAAGAAGCUCUUCCUGGAGAUCCUACCCGAGCUCCUGCACAUGUCCCACCCGGCGGAGGACGGGCCCAGUCCAGGGGCCUUGGUCCGGAGGAGCAGCUCCCUGGGCUACAUCUCCAAGGCUGAGGAGUACUUCUCACUCAAGUCCCGAAGUGACCUCAUGUUCGAGAAGCAGUCAGAGCGGCAUGGGCUGGCCCGGCGCCUCACCACCGCACGCCGGCCCCCAGCAGGCUCUGAGCAGGCCCAGCAGGAGCUCUUCAGUGAGCUGAAGCCAGCUGUGGAUGGGGCCAAUUUCAUUGUCAACCACAUGAGGGACCAGAGCAAUUACAAUGAGGAGAAGGAUAGCUGGAACCGCGUGGCCCGCACCAUGGACCGACUCUGCCUGUUCGUGGUGACGCCCAUCAUGGUGGUGGGCACAGCCUGGAUCUUCCUGCAGGGCGCCUACAACCAGCCUCCACCCCAGCCUUUCCCUGGGGACCCCUUCUCCUACCAGGAACAGGACAAGCGCUUCAUCUAGACUGGGCCCACCUGGCCCAGCUCCCAGGGCAGCUUUGAGAGGGGCCCUUGGGCUGAAAGGGAUGGGCCUGUGGGCUGUGGGGGAGUUGUGUGGACAGGGAUGUCUCAGAGAGGAGAGGCCUAAGAGAGGAGAGGCUCCCUGGGGAGGCCAACUCCUAGCCCUGAGACUUGAGCCUGUUGGUCCUACAAGGCUGCAGCGGAGAUGAGCCAGGCUUUCCUGAGACCAAGGGAGGGAGGGAGAGGCUGCAGUCCUCACAGCAGUUCCUUUGCAAAUAGAGACAGGAGCCCCCAGAGAGGUCGGAGAGUGGACAUCGGCUGUGGGGUGAGGCAGGACAAUCUGGGGGGAGUCAAGGGGUGACUCAGGGGCCAGGGAGGAUGCCACUCAGGCCUGCCUUUUGGGAGCCCUCUGUGAGGGGUCAGAAAGACAGAGGCCUCUUCUUGCCUCCCCCUCGCCCAGGUCAGGGUAGAGCGGGUGGCAUCCUGUGCCUUCACUUCCCGGCUCCUCCAGCCACCCUUCUCUGGCCAGCCCCUCAGCCUUGGGCUUCUGAGGCCCCACCUGGAGCCGAGGUUGGGGGCACCUCCCUCUCCAGGCCCCUUAGGGAAGGAGGAUUUUGGCAGAGGUGGGAGCACUGGGGUAGCAGAAUGGCCUUGCCCAGCCCUUUCUGCCUUGGCCGCUCUGUCUGGGUCCCUCCAGGAAGCUGAGGACCAGGGUGGAAGCAUCCAGAGACCAGAGGUCAGCCCAUCAACCUCAGGUAACAUGCGCCACCCUAGAUCCCCAGAACUCAGCCCUCCCCCCAGGAGUGUCCCCUCUUGGGCACCUAUCCCUCUUCCCCAAAGCAGAGCUGCCAGGCAAGAUCUGGGACAUACUUAGACUAAAAGGUUAUUCAUUGUUCAUCUGAAAUUCAAAUUUCACUGGGCAUCUUGCAUUUUUAUUUACUAAAUCUGGCAACUCUGCCCCAAAGGGAGCCCCCACCAAUCCUAUCCCAAGGGCCUGAAGCUGAGGCUGCUGGAGCUGGGAGAUGAGGUUCUGUGUGGUAGCCUGCCUCCAGGAUGGCCCCAGUGAUCCCCAACUCCUGGUAUUCACAUCCUUGUGUGGUGCCCUCCCACACUGUGCCAGGAUUGGUCUGUGUGACUGACAGAAUGAGGCGGAAGUGAUGGUAUGUCACUUCUGAGAUUAGGUUAUAAAAGACAUUGCACCCCAACCUCUCCCUCUCUUGCUCUCGCUCCCUCAUUGUCACUCUCAAUUGGAUCUCUCCCUUUGGGGAAGCCAGCUGGCAUGAUAAGCAGCCCCACAGAGAGCCCCCAGGGCAAGGAACAGAGGCCUCCUGCAGGCAGCCAUGGGAGUGAACUUGGAAGUGAAUCCGCCAGCCCCAGCAGAGCCUUCAGAUGAGAUCACGGCCCCAUGAGAGUCCCUGAGCCAGAACUGCCCAGCUACGCUGCUCCUGGGUUCCUGGCGCUCAGAAACUGUGUGAGAUAAUAAAUGUUUGCUGUUUCAAGAGACAAAGUUUUGGGGUAGUUUC